CCGGCCCGCCUGGGUGGCAGGAGGAGGAGGAGCGGGGGCCGGCGUUAGCCCACCCAGCCAGGCCCGCCCAGCCGGGCGGAGGAGCAGCGGCGCUCCCACCCUCCUUCUCCCCGACACAACCGCCCGCACCCCCGGGACCCCCCGGCACCCCCGGAGCCAUGUCCGGCGGCCGGAGGAGAGGCGGCGCCUCCUGGCAGAGCUUCUCCCGCUUCUUUACCCGGACCCCUUCGCGGGACAAGGAGGAGCCGGAGGAGGAGCCGGACGCAGAGGAGGAGGGCGGCGAUCACCGGGAGGAGGACGAGGCAGGGACCAGCCGGGACACGCCCAGGGUAGAAAGUGGACCCAUCGGUGUUAGUGAGAAAAAAGAAAAUGUUCACUCACUAGAGCCAACAAAGAUCACCCAAAGUGCGGACAGGGGCAACCUCUCAGAGAAGCAGAUUGGUCCCCCGAUGCAAGAAGACUCCAAAAUGCCAAAUGACUUUCCUGGUUCAACGUCAGACAUCAAGACAACCGAUAAUGAUCGGCAGCCAAGAGAAGGCUUUUUCCAAUUCCUUGGAAACUUGUUCAAUAUAUCUGCCAAAUCGUCUCUGGGGGAAGCUAAACAGCCUCCCUUUAAAGAAGAACCCAAGAAAACAGAAAGGGACUCUCCUCAAAACCCCAUUUCCCUUCCCGAAGGAGGACUGCCAAAGGAAGCAAUAGUGUUGAGCAGCUCACUUCCUGCAGGGCAACCGCUUGCAGCCAAUGAGAAGGAAGACCCUGCCACCGCCAGCCUCUUGGCCCGUGUCUCUGAGGAUGCCGCACAACGGAAUGGACAAGAAAGCAGUGAGGCUGUAAAGCAAAUUGAAUGUAAACCAGAGGCCCCCUCAGUGACCUAUUCAACAUAUCGGGGUUCCAGACGGAUUCGGAGAUUUUUAAAGAAGCAGACUGAAGUAGCGACUGUGACCCCUAUAGAAAAUGAUACAGACAAUUCUUCCUCCAUGAAUUCUUGCACUGUAACUGGAAAUGGAAAUCAGUCAGUCAUCUCUCCAAGUCCACCCUCUUGCAUAGAAACAAACAGAGAAGGACAUUUCCCUAAAAGGAAUUCAGGAGACAAUAAGUGCAACACAACUAAUCUCAAAGCAAAGAGCUGCCUGUCUGCUACAGAUAUGAAAGAUAAAGACUCUCCUAAGGGUUUAUUAAAUAGAAAUGAACCAGAGACCAGAAGUACUUUACCAAUUUCACCGGCAGAAACUGACUCCAAGAGAGAAUCCAUUGGAGGGGCAGAGUCACCUUACCCUUUCCACUGUUUGCCUGUUUCCAGAAUCCCAGAUGACCCCCAGCAAAAUAUAGUUGACUCAUUAUACUUAACAGGAAGGAAGGGGGAAAUCUCCAGGAAUCCUGUCUGUCUGACUAAAGCAGCUUCAGUAGACAGCAGCCUGGGGAAAAGUGCUAGUACGGUAAAGCACAGAGACACCCCUCAUCCACCACAGAUCACUGCCCCUCCUGAGUUCCAGUCCUUUGCUCAGGUGCCUGAUAGAAAACCUAGAACAAGUAAAGGUAAAAGUGAGCUUCUGUCAAAUUUGGAUGAAACCAUUCCGGAUGAAGACUUGCACAUGCCAACAAGCAGGCAUGUAAGCAGUUAUCUGAUAGAUAGUCAGUCAAACCUGCUAUCUGAUGCUCCUGUGUGUCUAUUGGAAGGGCAUGCUCUUUGGAGACAAGCAGAGCUGGUUCAAAAACAUGAAAAUGAAGGCAGCAGUCCCCAAAUUAUGGAUUCAAAGGCAAAUGGAAUGACUGAAAAACUAGGGCAGGAAAAAAUUCCAAGUGGCGGAUGCUUGAGGGAAACAAGAGCUCCCAAAAUUGUAAUCGAGCCCAUUUCCAAACCAGAAUUAGUCAACAACCACUUGGGUAUCUCAGAAAACAGCAGCCUCCCUUGCAUAUUCUCUGAUCAAAGCCAUCCUGCUGUGGAAGACCAAAAGGUUCAUGUUUCACUCAUGCAUAUCAGUGAAACAGGAGAGUUGAACUGUGUCCAAAAUAAUCUAGCCACUGAGGUUAAUUUUGGAGUUACCUGUGGAAAUCAGAAUUCACAAUCUUACCUGGACUCAGUGAAUACUGAAUUGGAUAACAUUUUAUCUGAAUCUUCAGCUAAGUUUACAAAAAUGUCUCCUACCUUUGAACGCAGAAGUAGCCAUACUGAUAUUUCACCUGGUACCAUUGAUUCUGAAGGUGCCAUCUUAGACAAGUUGUCGGGCCCUGGAGAGGUCGGUGUCCCAUAUAUUUCAUCUGUGCCUUGUACACAUCAAGAAGAAAGCUGGACAACGUUGCCAAAUAUUUCUGAAACUAUUAUUAACACUAUCAUCCUACCUUCUCCUCCUCCUCUUCCUCUGGAUAAGGCCCUGGAGUCUGGAGAGAGCUAUGUUUCCAGCUCCAUUUCUGACAGGAUAGAAAACUGUGCUGCCUCAGCCCAUGAAAUCAAUGAUGUUUCCACUUCUGGUGUGGGGACUUCCAGCCUGAGACCUGAAAGCAUUGAUGAGGCUCAAAGAGCACCCACAACUCAGGAUGAGAGGGAAUUCAAGAGAAUUCCUCAAGCUACCGAACACAGAGAGAACAGUAUGGAAAAGAUCAGCCCUCCUUUCCUCGAGACCACUGCAGGUGACAUGGCUAAGGCUGUACCUAAAACUGAAAGAAAUAAUCAACCCAAGGCUGUGAAAUCUCAUUCUGCUACUGUGGUCUCGCCUCUUAAAUCAGAGGAUGAUCUACUAACUCCCCGGGUUUCUCCUUUCCUUAUGGGGCCUAGAGACAAUGACUUUAGUUCCUCUUCUACUCAGCAAGUUGCAGAAAUGACUCUGAACCCAAAUUUUUCAUCCUCCUUCACGUCUGCAGACACUGACCAGAAUAGUAUUUCUCAGUCCACAGCGCAUAAUGAGCUUAAUGUGAGUCUUCCUGUCACAAAGGUUUUCCCUUUAGUUUCUACAAUGAAAGAUGUCCAGGAGCAAGAAAUAUCAAGGGCAGCAGACUACAGCCUUAAGCCCUGCCCUGACUUUCCUCCUGUUUUUGAAAAUUGUGUCCCCCCUGGCCACACCAAUAAGGUCACAGAGAUGAUAUGUGGCAAUGAGGUUAAUAUUUCUUUUGCUCCCCUUAAAGCUAGGAGUAAUGGAACAAAGGAGGUUCUUGAAACCCCUGAGGGGCCUUCAAAAUUUCAGGAAGCUGAUGUCAGUUUGACAAAUGUUAUUCCUGAUUCAGAAGAUACAAGCUUUCCCAUGGUUUCCUCUUCUCUGAAGCCAGAGAACUUGUCCUCAUCUCCCAGACUAGAAGGACAAAUACUUUUUUCAGGUGAUAUCUCUAAUUAUUUUUUAUCUUCCACCAAGAAGCCAGAGGAGGUUAACAUUUCACUCUCAUCUAAGCCUGAAGGUGGUUUUGAAGCUGAGCGAGUUUUCUGCAAUGCCACAUCGGAAGAGACAUCCCAAGCUAAUAUGUUAAUAUCUAAUAGCUGCCUUUUGGAAUGUGAAAAAUCUAAUGAUACAGUAGCAGAAGGGCCCUUUUGUCACAGACGUGGUCAUGAUGUACUUAGCGAUCAUUCAGAGAAUGUACAUGUUGAUUGCGUAACCCCUGGUAUGUUAGAAGACCCUGUGGAAGCUGAUGGUCAAAUGGCUUCUGAGGUUUUGGCGUCAGUUAACAGCUCAAUCCAGCAGUGUUCUGAAGCCUCAACUGAGGCCCUAGUGGCCGGGAAAAGCCCUCACAACAGACUUGUGGACCCUAACAAGGGCUUGCUAAAAACAGCUGAUAGCUUGGUUGCUGUUAUUUUAAACUCUGCCGGAGAAAAAUUGAAAUCUAAACAAGCAGAUGGUACCCAGUGGAAGCGUGAAAGCCGAGGUGCUAUAAUGAAUCCGGAUGCUCCACAAGAACUUGCCACUAUAAAUACUCCCUUUGAAGAGGAGUAUCAGGCAGGUACUCAUCAACCAAAUCAUUUGGGUGAUUUCUGGGCCGAAAAUGUCUCUGAAGAUAAAGGGGAUGAAAAGUGCCUUUUAACUUCCAACGGUGAAAAGCGUCUCCUUGUUUGUACCAGCAGUGGUAAUCUGCCUAGUUUAUUAGCCAUUAAAGCCAAGGAAAUAGUUGAUGAAGUUAUUCAUUCAGCCCAGCAAAAACUGGUACAGCAUUAUGGUAGUGAUUCUGAGGGUUGCGACGGUACAAGUGAUGCUGUACCUCAGCCUGUUACCAUCCUAAACAGAGAUAGAAUCAUUGAUCCACAUGAUAGAGUAGAUGAAAUCUUUGGUUCCGAGAAGACUAGCAGGGCAGUAAACGCAAGUAUAAUUGAGACUAGUGGAAAUGAAAUGGAGAGGCACUUGCUUUCAGGAAACUUAGACCACAGGCCAGAUAUGGUCAGAGGAGAAAUGAAUCCUGACAAAGUAUUCCCAUUUCCCGGAAAUGGUCUUGGUAAUUCUGAUAGUGUAGGCUGGCAGGAAUCAGACCUUGUUUUAAUAGAAGGCACAUUCCAUAAAAAUGUCAAUGAUGGUAAAGUUAUGUCAGACCCACAUCACAAAAGCACUAUUUUGAUGUCUUGCAAUAAAUCAGAGAUUUUAAAGCCAGGAAAAGAAAUAUCUGAAGAGAAAAGAACAUCAUCUCAAGUAGAGUGUAUGAGUAAUAACAAAUCUAUAUCUGAACCCGGAGCAGCAUCCAUCUUAAAUUCCAAUUUGUUUCCUUUCUUGAAUGAUGGAAAAUAUACUUGUAUGGCUCACAGACCCAAAGAUGAAAAUGACUUUCCAGAUUGCCACCUGAGUUCUAAAAUGUGUCAAACAGAAAGCAGUAGCAAGGCAGAACCUGUUGUUACAUUGGAAAUGGAAAAAGCAAACAAAACGGAUGCCAAAGUAGGCAUUAAACAGAGUGUUGAGAAAAUUGAGGAGACCACUUCAGAUAGCAUUAAAUCUCAGAUAACAAAGGAAUUAUCUGCAUUAGGUAAAGAUUAUAAAGGCAUCCCUACCUUGCUAAGGACUGAAUUUACCAAGGAAAAUGCCAAACUAAAGGUGUUACUCCCCAUGGAUAAAGAUGCAUGUGUAGCUGGAGUUUCUAGCAAUAUGAGAGAUGUGGAUUUUAACAAUGAGCAAGGUGGACAAGCAAGUCUAGCCUUCAUUCAACAAGAUGAGCCAGGUAACUCUGCCUUUACGAUACUGUAUGAAGGGCCUCUAGAAGACGAAGGCAGAGAUGUGUCUGCAGAAGAAAGGGGAGCCCUUCCACUCCUGUUCCCUAGCAUGUCCACGAGUGCAGCUGGUGAAAAGUUCAAGGCUAGCAUUGACUUUAACCAUACAGCGGAGGAGGAGACUAAAUUGGAUGAGGCCUGUGAGAGUCAGGGCUCAGAAACAUUCUUAACGGUCGAGGCCAAGCGCUACAAGAUUUAUCCCUUUGCCUUGUCUCCCAUCUACGAGGAUGACAGUGCCCAGGAAGAAAUGCUGUCCAGUGAGGUUUCGCCAGGACCAGACUCUAGUGAAACAUCCAGGGUGGGCCCCGACCAGCCUUCCUCCAUUCUGUCACUUCUCCAGUCUGUAUCAGAGCGCUUGCAGUUUAGUCAAUUUGUGGAAGAGGAAGAUGGAGAGGAGGAAGAAGACCUAGAGGAAGAGGAGGAAGGAUCGUUUGAGGAAGAUGUCUUGGAGACCCAAAAGAGAUCACAAGUUUCUGGUCGAGUGGCAGAAUGUCCAAAAACAGUUCACUGUGGAGAUGACCCGGGAAGACCCAAGGUGCCAUUUUUUCCUUCAAAUGAACCUUCCACCUCAAGCCAGAAAACUGGUUCAAGGCUGGAAGAGGUGUCACCUCACCAUGUGCCCUUUCCAUUUCUGAAAAAGCCUGACGUCAGUACUAAACUGCUGUCUUCAAAGAAUGCGUACUCUCAGAGUUUGCAGACCGCCAAAGCCUAUUGUUCUGAGAGAGGAGCCAGAUUUGGAAGCGUAUUUCAGGAAACAUUUGUUCCAAGGGGUCUUCGUUCUCAAGAUGUCUCAUUUCCAAAGUAUCCCAUCAACAAGGAAAGUUUGAGAUGUAACCCAAGACCGGGGAAGAUGAUUAUCUAUGACAUUCCUGGGGAUAAGAAUAAGCAAGAAGUCUACAGUGAUGUUCUUGAUGCCACAUCCUGGACAUAUCCAAAUGGAGCAUUGAUCAAAGUCGUUAGGGGCUGUUGGAUUUUAUAUGAGAAAUCACAUUUCCGAGGUCAGAAAUCUGUUCUAGAAGAAGGAGAAAAAGUGCUGAAUGGCAACUGGAAUCUUUCUGGCAAGAAACACCAUCCAAGAACCCUUGUGAUUGGCUCUAUCAAACAAGUAUUAAAGGACUGUAGCAUUCCAGAAAUUGAACUUUGCCCACCGGCUGACCCAGGAUGUAGUCCCAUCCGCAUUCAACAUGCUGUUCCCAAUUUAGGAGAACUGGAUUCCCCAAGUCCUGUGACCUUCGUCGUGAAGUCUGGCGUUUGGCUUGCAUAUCCAGAUAUUCAUUUCAAAGGGGAAGCAAUAGUUUUGGAAGAAGGCCAGGAGCUCUCUGAGGCUUCUGCAACAGAUGUGAAAUCAUUGAGUCCCCUUAAAAUGGGAGGAUUGAAGGUGGAAAUGCCAAUGAACCUAAAGGUGGUAGUGUAUGAUAAAACACAUUUCCAGGGACGAGCCAAGGAGUUUACCGAGCACAUAGACUCAGUGCCAGCUCUGUUCCAGAAUGAUGGGGAUUUCCACGGAAUUGGAUCUAUUCAUGUUGUUGGUGGAGUGUGGGUUGCCUAUGAAAAAGAACGCUAUAAAGGGCAUCAGUUUCUCCUGGAAGAGGGCAAGUACCAUGACACACACACCUGGGGAACACUGAGUUGCUCCUUCUUGUCAUUCCGGUACCUUCAGGCUGAUUUUAUUGAGUCGUCCAUCACCCUCUAUGAAUCAGAUUCAGAAAAUGGAAAUCUUUUUGAUAUUAUGAAUAAAGAAAUUCCCGAUUUGGAACAAGCCGGGUUUGGUAGCGAAACAAGAUCAAUUCACGUCAAAAGUGGGGUGUGGGUUGCAUACCAGCAGAAAUGCUACUGUGGAGAACAAUAUAUUUUGGAGAAAGGGAAAUAUAAAUGCUUUUUUGACUGGGGAGGAUCCAGCAACACAAUCAUGUCGAUACGACCUAUUCGCCUGGAACCCCUUGGGCUGAAUGAGCCUCCACACUUGCUCAAAGCAUUUAGCAGCCCUGGUUUCCAAGGAGAAUGUGUAGAUUUUGUGGCAGAAGUUUUGGACUUGACAUCAUUCCCGCCCCGUUCAUUUAAAGUCCUUCGGGGAUGCUGGCUCCUGUGUUACCAGGGGGAAGUGGCUGAUAACCAGUGUGUACUAGAAGAAGGCCUCUACGCUGACCUCACUUCCUGUGGCUGCCCAACUGCUACUGUUAAGUCUCUCAGGCCUAUUGAUCAUGUAUUUGAAGAGCCUUUCAUCAGCCUGUUUGCCUUGGGACACUGCGAGGGGAGGGAGCUCCACUUGGAAGAAGCCGUCAACUCGGUUCUGAACAAGGACUUGCACUUCUACACGCAGUCUGUCUGGGUCAGGAGCGGGUUGUGGAUUGCAUAUGAAGGAUGCAAUUUCUUAGGAAGACAGAUCCUGAUGGAACCAUGUGAGAUUUCAAACUGGACAGAGUUCAGUGGGUGGAAAGCAAUCGGCUCCCUGCGGCCCGUCAAACAGCCUGCAGUGUUCAUCAGGAUAAAAAAUCGAGCCCAAGAUGAGUACCUGACAGUCAUUGGGAAUCUAGCUGAUCCAAGAGCCACAUCAGUUUGUAUAUCUCCCUACAAUGGAAAAAGCACUCAAAUCUGGUACUAUUGCCGUGGACUCUUCAAGUCUAAGGCUAAUGAUGCAUGCCUAGAUGUUAUUGGUGGCAGAGACUUACCUGGAGCUAAAGUGGCCUUGUGGACAGAACACGGGAGGUGUAGGCAGAAGUGGAAACUGAAUAAAGACGGAACCAUCAAUUCUUAUCUCAGUGACCAACUUGUUCUUGAUGUGAAAGGAGGAAGUUAUUACGAUAAGACCCACAUAAUUGUAAACCCGCUCCUGGAGGGAGAACAUACACAGAAAUGGGACAUUGAAAUAUUGUGAGAGAAAAAUAACAAGCUAGUUCUCUAAUUGGGCUGGACUGCAACUGUCAUCUGGUUCGAGGGUGUGAGGAAAAAGAAGCUACUGAAAAAAGCUACUGAAGUCACAGGCCACUGGAAUGCUGAGAAAUUCAACUUGCACUCUUCCUUCUCCAGAGUAUUGCUGAAUUUGUUCCCAUAAAGAGGAACUAAAUGGACUUAAAUACAGUAUUCUCCAUACCCAUAUUGCAAAUAGUGUUUUAAGACUCCUUCUGCCUGGAUUCUUAUGUUUCCUCUUCCUGCUGACCUUUCUCCUUGCAUAUUUGUGAGGCAUAAAACCCCCAAUGGUGCCCCUUUGUGUGGGGCAUCUGAUUGCAAUAUUCUUGAGAAAGUUUCAAGGCCCAAAAGGUGAGUACACAAGUGUUUCCAUUCUGGUGCUGUAGAUUCUGUUACGAAUCAUAAAAACAGGCACAGAUUCUCCUCUCCCAGAACCUUCACUGACUACUAAUAGUCACAUUAGAUUAGAAAAGCAGCAGGAAUUUGUGUAUUGUGUAUCACUGGUAUAUGGAUUCAUUAUUUUACACUUGACAUUUGCUCAAGAAGCAGAGUAUAUAUGCCAGUUGAAAGGGGUUAAUGGCUUUAAAAGCCAUCUGCAAAACAGUUAACCCUUCUUUUUGAACUGACUUUAAAAAGUUGCAAUAUUUUUUUUGGUUCUUGUACCCAAAAAGCACAAUGUAAACAGCCAUGUGAUAUAGAAAAGGGCCAUCAAUUCUAGCCAUAAGUGGUAUUUCCUGUAUCGUGCAACAUGACAAAGUUAAUUUUUCUCUUAAUAGUUAUUAUCCUGAUUGCUAUGUUGGAGCCAAACAUAACUCCUGCAAUAUAAUUUUAUAUAGCAUUAUAAUUGAAGAAAUCAGAUUAUUCCUUAUCUGCCAGGAAUAAAGAAAAACAUUUUCUCCAGCAGAAGGUUUUAGCAAUUUGGAGGGUUUUUUUCAUUUACAAAGGAAUUCAGUAAGAGUCAGGUAAGAAAAAGAUUUUUCUGAUUUAUAGAGGUUGUUUUCCCUCCUGAAUUAACUGCCCAGUGUUUUUUCCUGCCAGGAAGCAUACAAAAUGCCUUCUCUAUUUUUAUAUAGAUAAAAUUCUUUAUAGUGUGAAAUUUUCAAAAUGCCUACCUAAUUGCACUUUAGAAUGUAAAAUACAAGUAAAUAAGUUAAAUUCAUUAAUAGAUUUGUCUGAAUAUUUUUGUAGUAACCAAUUUAAAUGUAAAUAUUAGGCUUGAGUAGUACUGCUGUAGAUAAGUUUUCUGUACUGUCCUUAAUGUAACAGUGAAAACUUUAAAAAAAAAAUCUCUAUUAGACCCAAAGAUGUAGAGUAAGUACAGCUCCUCUCAGUGUUAUUUAAUGCCAUGUAUUUCCAGAAUUCUAAGCAUGCUUCUUUUUUUUUAAAUGGAGCCUAACUUUGCCCAUAGCAUGUAUAGUUUAUUAUACAAAGCAUGUUUUUGGGUCCUUUUUCCUCAUUCUUUUUAAAAAUCUCCUUUUAUAAGUUAUUUCUUCCAAAGAACAGAAUAUCAAGUCAGGUACCUUAUUCAUUUGAAUGAAAAAGUAGAGAUGUACUUUUCUACAGCAUUGGAUUAAAUAAAAUUAUAUGCCCUUUUAGUGA